AUGUUGAUUGCCAACAAAUCAGGACAUCGCUUAAUCGCUACGGCUCGGAAUCCCUCUGACCUCGCGUACCUCUCUGAUGACAACAAGAAUAUCCUGAAACUUGCUCUCGACGUAACCUCCGUGACUUCUGUCAACAGUGUCUUCAACGCAGCUAAGGAGCAUUUUGGCAAAGACUUCCAUCUUAACGUCGUGGUCAAUAAUGCAGGAUAUUCACUCUCAGGCGACACCGAGUCAGCCACCGAGGAGCAGACUCAUCAACAGAUCGAGACCCUCUUCUUUGGUACCGCUCGUGUAACGACGCGAGCUAUUGCGAAUAUGCGUCAGUCUGAGAACCAUCGAGGCGGCAUCAUCUUUAAUAUCUCGUCCCUUGCCGGGCAAUGUGCUUUUCCCGGACAUGCUUACUACCAUGCCGGGAAGUGGGCCGUCGAAGGGUGGACAGAGUCGGUGGCAAAGGAGAUGCAUCCCGAGUGGAACAUCAACUUUUGCAUCGCAGAGCCGAGUGGUGUCAAAACCAACUUCGAAGGUCAUAGUAAGGCUCAUACCGUACCUCAUCCGGCCUACGCAGGGCCCGAUAUGCCUGCUCGCGUGCUCGAGAAGUAUGUGGAAAUGGGUAUCAAGUCGGGCACCCUGACUGAGCCGUCGGCGAUCGCGGCGGCAAUCUACAAUAUUGCCAGUUGUGGUGAGCGCGUUCCCUUACGCGUUCCUCUCGGCGGACCCGCUUGGAACUUCAUCAAGCAGAAGCUUGAACUCGGAUUGGUGGACCUUGAAAAUGUCAAAGGCAUUAGUCUGAGUGUUCAAAAGAAUUUGGGUGAAGGCAAAUAA